AUGGAAUUCCCUUCACAAAGCCAGUUCUUCUUUAAUUCACCAAAAGGUAAGAUACAUUAUCGUUGGUACAGAUCGAGUAAUGAAUCAUCCUGUGUUUGUGUUCUUCCAGGAUUCUCAUUCCCUGCAAGUUUAUACCAUAACUUUGCUUUAGGACUUUAUGAAAGUGGUUAUUCAGUUAUUGUUGUUGAUUAUUGGGGCAGGGGCCACACAUCUGCUCAAAGAGAUGAUGAAUAUACAUUAGAAUCUAAUAGAAGUCUUGUUGUUUCAUUACUCGAACAUUUAUCUGUCAACAAAUGCACAUUUGUCGGCUUUUCAUAUGGAUGUGCAGUAGCUGCAUUGAUUGCUGCUACGAAAAAUGAGAUUGUUAACAAAAUCGUUCUUUGUUCGCCAUUCCAUUGCAACGGAGAACCGAUCACACCACUCCAACAAUUAACACUUUCCAUACCAAUCCUCGGUAAUCUUGUUUUCAAGUUUUCUGCCAGAAGAAACGUUCCAUUUUCACUUGAAAAUCAAAUCAGCGAGCGUCCAAACAAGAAAGAACUUAUCGAUACAAUAUCCCCUCAUAUUAUACAGCACAGUAUUUCUAGAAGCAGCGAAAUUACUCAAUCUAUUGGCAGCUUUGACUUGAGCCAAGUAGAACGUGCCAUUGCUGGCCUAGUCGAUAUCAACAAGCAGAUCCUUGUUUUGUGUGGCUCUAAAGACAAAAUUAUCCACGUUGAACAAUGCCAAGUUUGGUGGAGCAAAUGGGUGCCAAACUCAUCUUUCCUUUUGAUACCAAAUAGUGGACAUCUCAUAUUCCUUGAAGAACCUGCUGCUACUCUUGCUGCAAUCAAACAAUUUUUGAAAUGA